AUGUGCUUCUUGGCUAGAUCGAAGGGCACAUGUAACAUAUGCGAAUUUGACAAAGUGUCUAAUACAUGUGUCUUCAGUUCCGACACCGAACAUGACAUCAUCAGUACACCUGACGUCACAAAGGUGGUGCUUAUACCGAAUGAAGUACCAACCGACUGCUACGGCCUUCACAAACAGAACCAGAGACUACCCAGUGGUGUGUAUGACUUUUUGUUAUCGAGAUGUCAUGUGAAGAUCCCGGUGUUUUGUGACAUGACGACUGCCGGCGGUGGAUGGACGGUAAUCCAACACAGAUAUGAUGGUUCAGUGGACUUUUACAGAAACAUUUCUGAGUAUACCGAUGGAUUUGGCAACGUCGGGAUGGAGUUUUGGUUAGAGAUUGAGAGCGCCAACAAAUCAAACAAGAAAUACGUAGGAAUUCUGUGUAACGUCACCCGCAUUUUGGCUGCUUCUGAUACUACCUAA